UUAAAAGCUGCGAAUACAUGCUCCAACGACAACAUAAACAUUGCCCCCCUGCCAAUUUGUCCUCAAGUGGUCAAAUUUGAUUCCCCCUCCCCUGAUAAAAACAUUUUUCCCUUAUGGUAUGAACGAAAGUUACAACAGUGUUUUUAAGUUAUCUGAUAGCUAAUUUUCAAAGGAAAGUUUAUACUGUAGGCUAUGUUUCUAUUUUGAUGCUGUUCUUUUUUAUUUACUGUUUCUGUACUUAUUAUUCCUUACUGAGAGACAUCCUGAGAUCUUGAUCCUGGCACAAGAGAAUUACGAAACCUGCGAAUCAAAACAAAAUCGAAAGUCGUACACGAACACAAAGUAGUUUUCGUUACAAGUGACAAGGCAGAAAUAAUAUCUUCUUAGAUCUAGAUCUAGUGUGUGAUGCUCAAUGCUCGUACUUUACAAUGAGUGUUUGUAUACCGAAAUAAGUACACGAAAUUCGAGAGAACAGCAAUAUGAUGACUGCAAGUGAUCAGAACUUUGAUGAUUUUGAUUUUGCCAAAAGGCUUCAAGAGGAAUAUGACCGGGAAGCAGCAGCUCAUCUCGACAGCAAUGAGAUAACCUCGGACAUCAAUACCAGAGAUCACAAUGGAGACAAGAAAAUCGCAAUUUCCUCCCGUCCUCUGGACUUAAAUGGAAUGUCACCCGUUGAUCCAUCUUUAGAAAUAUCAGAUCCAAAUCCUGAUAUUCGCGAACUCUUUCUCCAGUUUAAUGAGCAGUUUUUUUGGGGCAGACUAUCUGGAAUCGAAGUGAAAUGGAGUCCUCGGAUGACCCUAUGUGCUGGACUUUGCGUGUAUGAAGGCAGAGGGGGACUUUGUUCUGUUCGUCUGAGCCUUCCUCUUCUCAAGUUGCGACCAAGAAAGGAUUUAGUGGAAACUUUGCUGCAUGAAAUGAUCCACGCUUUUCUCUUCGUCACAGACAACAACAGGGAUCAUGAUGGUCACGGCCCGCAGUUUCAGGGUCACAUGAAGAGGAUCAACAAAGCCACCGGUGCUAGUAUAUCUAUUUACCACACAUUCCACGAUGAAGUUGCAUCUUACCAGCAGCACUGGUGGAGAUGUGAUGGGCCGUGCAGAAAGCGGCCACCGUACUUUGGCUACGUGAAGCGGGCCAUGAACCGUGCCCCCUCUUUCAGAGAUUUUUGGUGGGCAGAACAUCAGGCUUCGUGUGGCGGCAGCUACACCAAGAUCAAGGAACCAGAGGGAUAUGGGCAGAAGAAGUCAACCAAAGGAAAAGGGAAAGAUGAUCAUUCUGAUGGAGCUUCUAAAGACAUCCGUUCUUUUCUCGGUAAGGGAAAAACCUUAGGAUCAUCUGGGGCAAACUCUAGUAGAAACAGCAGCGCCAGUUCUAAACCUGCAACUAAUGGCAAACAUACUUCGUCCAGUGGAAAGAAUCCUUCUAGUCUCUUCUCUUCUGUUGUUUCUGGAAGCAGCAAGACAAACGUUCCAGAUGAAAAGGGAAAGAAAUAUGUUCUCGUUAAUGGUGUUUUAGUGAAGCGAAAUGACCUUCGUGACAGUUCACACCCAGCUGUUCAGAACAAACCACAUACUGCUGGGACUAACGCUUCCUCAUCCUACUCUUCUUCAUCCUCAAAGAGCACUGCCAAUGGUCAAAUGAAUGGAGGUUGCUCAACAUCCAGUAAAAGUUCCAAUGGUGCUCACAGUGAAGACUGGCCUGAUGAUGAAGAUGAUUUGUGGGUGUUUGAUAUAGACGCCUCAGAGCCUGUGCCAAAGACAUCCACAAAACCUCCUCCUCCUGUGUCUCAGAAGAAAGGUUCCGAGUCUUUCAUAGAUUUGACCAAAAGUGAAUUUCCUCAUAGACUUGGGAAAAAGCAUAGUAAAGACGGUGGAAAAAAUUGGAAAGGACAUAGUGGUGUCCGGAAAUUUGUCAGUGUUUGUGAGGACAAAAGCAAGGAGACACAGUUUUUUACAAAAAAGAAACCACGAAUAAAAAAACAUUAUAUAUUGGAUGAUCUUGAUUCUAAUGAAGGACUGUGGGAAGGGGGAUAUUCACCAAACAAAAUUAAAAAGGAAAUUGGAGAAGCUGGUAAUAGAAGAAAUCUCAAAUCAUCAUCUCCUCAUCAUGUAAGCAAAAGGUCUGAUGAUGAGAGAAACAGGUCUAAGGAUAAAAGCUUAUCCAGAAGUUCCAAGUUUGUGGACAAGAAUGAGUCAAAGUCUGGUCUUUCAUUUGAAGAAAGAAGAAGGGAUAAUGAAAGUAGAGAUGAACGGAAACAUGAUAUUUCUGCAAAAACAUCUUCUAUGUUCCCAAGAGAGACAAAAGUGAAGACUGAGAGCGUGAAAAAGGAAGACGAUUUUGAGGAUUAUACGGGUACUAGUUCAUCCAAAUUUCAUAAUUGGAAGUCUUCUGAUUCCAGUGAAAAUAACCUUGUCUCUCAGAAAAGCUUUGUUGACAGCAAAAGUUCUUUUUCAGGUCAGGGUUUUGUGUUGGGUAGUGCCUCAGAAGGACAGUCGUACCUUUCUCAGAUCAGGAGGACUUUUGUCAGGGGUCACGGCAGUUCCUCUGCCGGCCCAUCGUCAGCAGGUCGCCUAAAAACUUCCGAUGGUUCUAUAUAUGCUCAAAGUUCCUUUUCUUCCCACUCGAAUCAAGAUUCAGAGAGCAGUGUCCUAACUUCUGGUAGCAAAAGAAAAUCAGAUGAAGCUUUUGGUCCUGGUGAGAGUGACAGUACUGGUGGAGAAUUUCUGUCCGGUGGUGCCGAGGCAAAGAGGAGGUCAAAUGUUUCUGUAGACGCUCGCCCCUCAGGGACAACGACAGAGAACUCCAGGCCGGGACAGACUGGUUCGGGCGGGAACAGGGAGGGCGGUGCUGGACCUCGGCUUGUCUCGUGUCCUGUGUGCUGUGCUGAGGUCCCCGAGAACGUCAUUAAUGUUCACCUCGAUGAUUGUUUGGAGUCCUGAUUGUUGUAACUGUUUUAUUGUCUUACUACUGAAUAAACUGAUUUUAUUAUGUAAUUGGAAUGUGGCUGCCUGAUGGCAAGGGGUCUUACUAAGUAGGAAAAAUAGUCACAUGUAAAAAAUCAGUUGACUGCAGGUUGAAGAACCGGCCGUUGACUGCCCCUGAGAUCUGGUGGGGGAAUAUAAAGAAGAAUGGGAAUUAGGCGACAUAGAAUUUGGUGCGCUUCAUUUAGGUUGCAGUUUUUCUUUGACUGUGUCUCUACUUUGGAACAUAUCAAGGAAAUCAAGAUCUGAAGGGAGGGAAGUAAUAUUUGGGUGGCAAUCUAUUUUCUCGAUGUCUAUGGUCAUGGGACAGCUGUACCAUGCAUACUGCUUUAGUCAUCAUCUAUAAUGAUGGACAGCUGAAGAAGAAGUGGAGAAGAAAUUUUUUUCUUGGGGG